AUGAGUACACUUUAUCAACAGGUACCAAAAUAUAUUAUUCAAGAUGAAUUGACGAAUAUUGUUCAGAAGAGAGAGGAAAAAUAUAUUGGAGGGAAAAUUGGGAACGAUGUUAUUCCAAGACACUUGACAAUAUGUAAUCAAUCUAGAGAAUGUAUUUAUUUUUCUGAGCAAUCGGAAACACUUUAUUAUAUUGAUGCUCGUCAAUCAACUAUGAAAAAUAUUAAACAUGCUAAAAUACAAAAGAUCCUAAAGACUGAUUUGAUUUUAAGAAAUAUUAAACAAAUUAGUUAUAAUAGCAGUGGAAAUAGAUUAUUAGUAAUUAGUGACUUUGAUAUUAAUGUUAUUUCUAUUCCAGAAUAUAAAUCUGGUGAUUCCGAAUCGGUUAACACAACAAUAGAAUUUUCUCUUUCUUUAUUAGAACACUCUAGUCAAAAUGUAAAAGUUUCUUGGCAUCCACUCAGUAAUGAUCAUAUUGUUGCUCUUGAUAGUGAUUCAAUUUUAAGAAUUAUUCAAGUUAGUUCUGGUAAAAUUGAAGAAAUACCUCUCUUAGAAAAGACAAAAGAUUCUGUUGCAUCAUUUUCAUUUGGAUCUAAGAAAUUAUGGGAACGUUUUACCAUUUACCUUACAACAACGACACAAGCAUUAUUUGCUCUAUGCCCAAUUAUUCCAAGUGGAUGUGUUGUUUCGGAAAAAUUCUUAGCUGAUAUUGUUAACAGUACCUAUAGUUUUGAAAUGGAAUCGGUCAAACAUUUUUUUAGUGGAAUUAUUUCAAAUGUAUCUGAUGAUGAAGAGAAUAGAGAAGUAACCUUAAAAACAUCCACAAAGGAAAAUCAUGCAUUCAAAAACAGGAUAAUUCCAAUCCACAAUAAGAAAGUAUCGAAUUUAGAUAUAGCAGAUAUGAUUACAAUUAAUCAAAAUUCCAAUUUACCAUCAUGUCUAGUAACUGUAAACACAAGUGGAGUUAUUCAUCUUUUUGUAAUUACUGACAAUAUUAGACCUGUAUGGAAAAAAAAGUCAUUCGAUGUAAACGUAUCACCACAAGUUAUUGAAGCUAGUUGUAUACAAGAGGUUUUAACAGGAGAUAAAAUGAAUAGCUCACUGCCUCCUUAUUUAACUUUACAUCCAUUAUCUAUUGAGACAGUUUAUUGCGUUCAUGAAAGAGGUGCUAAUGAAAUUACUUUCCCAUUUAUUUCUACUAUGUUUACAGAAAAAAUUGCUGCUAUCCAAUUUGAGAAAACCGUCUCUUGCCCUUUAUUUAUUUCUACUGAACUGUAUGUACAAUUUUAUCAUAUUUCAACUUAUUAUUGUUUAGUGUUGAGCCUCCUAAAGCCUUUGAUAUUUUACACGACAUUUUAUAUGGUACCACAAUCUUCUAUAUUGAGAAUAAGAACCAACGUGUGUUAA